GCCUUGUCUACCCAAACCCCUCCGUGUUUGGAGCAAAGUUCACCUCUGUGAGAGAACAGAUUGAUAUGGAGCCUUGAAGAAGAGUUUACCGCAAGACUUUCUGGAAACGGGAGGAUUUAUCGGCGAACUGAAGCACGGGACCGUAGAUUCUCUCUGCUGAGGGUGGAUGUCGUAGAACAUGAAUGCUUUGGGGACCCCAACAAAUCCCACCAAUGGGGUGGCCAGAUCGGACAGCAAGAUCAGUGCCAAAACCCUGUUCGAGCAACGAAAGAAGUACUCAAACUCGAACGUCAUCAUGCAAGAGACGUCGCAAUAUCACGUACAGCACCUGUCUACGUUCAUCAUGGAUAAAUCGGAGUCCAUUGCUACAGUAGACGAUGCAAUCAAGAAGCUGAAGCUACUGGACUCCAAAGACAAAAUCUGGACACAGGAAAUGCUUCUGCAGGUGACGGAAAAAUCCAUCAAACUCCUGGACUCCGAAACCAAGGAAGAGCUUGAAAACUUUCCUCUGGCCACCGUCCAUCACUGUCAGACGCUGUUGAACCAGACCAGAUAUCCUUCCAUCCUUCUGCUCGUCUGUCAGGACAAAGAACAACACAAACCAGACAUUCACUUCUUCUACUGCGACGAAGUAGAGGCCGAGAUGGUGCACGCUGACAUUGAUAGCGCUCUGGGAGACAACACACGCGGCAAGAAGAUGCGACCGCAGACGCUAAAAAUGAACCAAGAAAAGAUGAAACGCCACCGGGAGACCAUCAUCCCGGCCUCUGAGCCUAGGAGUCCUGGCCCUGGGGUCAAAGGUCGCGUAGCAGCUACAGACAUGAAAGAUGAAUUGUCGAUGCAGGACCCUGAGUCCAAUAUGAAACUGGCCCAGCGGAUCGAGAAGGACGUGCAAAUCCUGAACUGCGCUCUAGACGACAUCGAGAUCUUCGUUGCACGUCUUCAUAAAGUGGCAGAGGCUUUUGCGCAACUUAACCAGCGCAAGAAAAACAAGAAAAGAGGCCCUGCAGAGGGAAUGCUAACGCUACGAGCUAAACCUCCAUCAGAAGGCGAGUUUAUCGACUGUCUUCAGAAGCUGAAACUCUCUUUCAAUCUGCUGGCCAAACUGAAGAAACACAUCCAGAACCCCAGCGCUGCAGAGCUCGUGCACUUCCUGUUUGGACCUCUAGAACUGAUACUGCACAGUUGUGGCAGUCCUGAGCUGCCGCGUGUGGUCAUCUCUCCUCACCUGUCCCGAGACACAGUGGACUUCCUGAGAGGACACCUGACUCCCAAAGAGAUGACCAUCUUUGAGCUGCUGGGAGACGGCUGGACACGGCCCAGAGCUGAUUGGCCGAAAGAUCAGUGCGCUCCUCUGUAUGUCCCAAAGUUCCGGAACGGCUGGGAGCCUCCGGUUGAACUAUUCCGGUCGUCCUCGUGGGAGACGGAGAGCGCCGGCGCACCGGUGAAGACAGAAUACAGACCGAAAGAGUUCUUUGGAUCACAGUCAUCGAUCUCUUCAAACGGGUCUUUCUCGACGCCUCCUGUUUCUCGCAAGUAUGCAAAGAUCCGCUACCACUUUGUGGCACGAAAUGCAAAUGAGCUGUCGGUGCUUCAGGAUGAAGUUCUGGAGGUGUUGGAGGAUGAUAAGCAGUGGUGGAAGUUGAGGAACCGGAGCGGACAGGCGGGAUAUGUGCCCUAUAAUAUCCUGGAUGUGGUGAAACUUGAGGAUCCUCAUGCUUUAAUCGACCCGCCAUACAGUCCAGGAACAGCCUAUAGUCCGUCAUACCGAGGACAGUCGCCCUCCGGCUCACUGGGCAGUGACAAAGACGGUCACUCUCAGCAGAUGGACAAAGUGAACGAUGAGCUGCUCAUGUUGAUCACUGGUAAUAAGGUUCAACAGCCUGCGAGGAACUUUAAAGUGGUGCGUCAGUCUGCUGUCCCGCUGACCUUUGACUCCAACCCGGCCGAGGUCAGCGCCUGGCUCAAUGCCAAGGGCUUCUCCAAACCGACGGUGGAGCGUCUGGGAAUCCUGACCGGCUCUCAGCUCUUCUCUCUGAAUAAAGAGAACCUGAAGACCGUGUGUGGAGAUGAGGGAUCUCGCGUCUACAGCCAGGUCACCGUCCAGAAAGCACAGCUAGAGAAGAGUCGAGGAGAUACAGAACUGCAGGAGAUUCUGAAUAAACAGCAAGAGAAAAUUGCAUCUGCCUGAACUGUCAAUCAAACAGUCACCUGGCAACAGUAACCAUCAACCAAACCCACCAAUGAAGUUAGAUGCUAUAGAUUCAGCCACAUCGUCGACCAAAUGUCUAAUCCAAUAUCUUUUCUAAUUGUAUAUUUAUUCCUGGUGCUUUUUAUUAUAAGUGUAUGUACGGACCUUAUUGUGAUUUAUCCACACACAUUAUCUUGUUCAUGCUGGAAAAUAUUUGUAAGCUUAUACGGCUCUCUAUUGCAUGGAAACAAUAUAUCGGUGAGACUCGUGAAAACAUGUACGGGUCACACUUCAAAAUUAUAAGAAAAUAUUCGGCUAUGAAAAUUUGUUUGAAUAUUUUUGAAUUUGUAAUUUUAACCACCAUUGCUCAAAGUAAAAAUUUUAGGCAAUUAAUCAUAAAAAAAAAUAAAAACAAGUAAUAAUCAGUAUAAAUAAAUAUCAUUGCAUUGGCUUUUCACCUAAAAAACAAAAGGACUAUUAUAGAAAUAGACUAUUUUAGGAUCAUUAACGUUUUUGCAUCAUUUUUGUCAAUUUCUCAAAGUAUUUGUAAUUUUGUAAUUUUUGAUGAUUCGUUCAAAAAUACAUAAAGAAUAUCAGUAUAAAUGAAAAUCAAUACAAUUACUGUCAUGCAUUCAUGUUUUACAAUUCAAAAACACUCAAAACAUUUUUUAAGUUGAGGUGAAAGUCAAAAAAUGUAAUGUAUAUUAAGCAAAAUAUACAUAUUUCUUGUGAUCUUGUGGUUAAAUGUGACCUGUACAUGUCCAUGAGAUUCACCCGUGUCCAUCAGAUUGAGCGCAGUGAUUGUUUUCUGGGGUUUGAUGCAUGAUUGCAUCUGUGACAUCGGUUUUUGAAAGAAAGGAGAAUGUAAAUAAUGUGCUAAAUUCAGUCUCAUCACACGUUCUGAUGCUGAUCGUUGUGACGAAUGAAUGACGCGAGAACAGUAGAUUUAUCAGCUGGAUUUCAUGCACUUCUUUCCUUUGUCAACACACAACAAGUGUUUUAAUUUGUAUAAAGGGCAUGUAGAGAUUUUGAUCCUUCAGUAUGUAGUUCAGUCACAAUUGAGACGCUUUAAAAACACACAGAUGAGGUUGAAUCAGUUUAAUUGGUGAAAUCAUGUCAUAUAAAACCAGAAGUACAACCUCUUAGUAUUAUCCAGCUAGUUUCUCCAAAUGUUAUUUAUAAAAACAAAAUCAAUGUAUUUAAAUUUAAGAAAUAAAGUGACUGCUAAAAAAUGG